AUUCACCGUUGCCGUCGGUUAACCUAGGCUUUCAAAAACACGAUCUAUAAACAUUAAUCUUUACCAUGUUCUACAAUAAUAAAGUUUUGUGUAAAUUGUGUAAAUAUUUUCGUGUAUUUAGUGAUUAAUUAGUGCGAAAUAGAAGGAAACCAAAAAUGAGUAAAUUAAGUUUUCGAGCGCGGGCGCUCGACGCGUCCAAACCCAUGCCAAUUUACAUGUCAGAAGAGCUGCCUGAUCUUCCUGAAUAUUCAGCGAUUAACAGAGCCGUACCUCAAAUGCCUAGUGGAAUGGAAAAGGAGGAAGAAUGCGAACAUCAUCUCCAACGAGCAAUUUGUGCCGGUUUGAUAAUUCCUACACCAGAAGUCAACGCUAUCAGUGAGGCCAUCUACAACAAACUUUAUCCUCCGACGUUCCAGGUACCGAAGAAACUGAUUCAUAUGCAACCGUUUGCUAUGGAGCAAGACAUUCCAGACUAUGACAUGGACUCGGAAGAUGAAAAAUGGGUUAGUUCUCACUCAAAAACUUUAGGGCUUAAUGCAGAUAAAUUUGAGGAAAUAAUGGAUAGAUUAGAAAAGAACAGUGGUCAUUCAGUAGUAACGCAAACUGAGGCGAAAAUGCUUUUUAAGGAAGAUGAUGAUUUAAUCAUGUGUGUUUAUGACUACUGGCUGAAUAAACGCCUCAGAACCCUACAGAGUUUAAUUCCAACAGUCAAAACUGAUCAGAAUGCUACUGGCACUAAUAAUCCGAACCCAUAUAUCGCCUUUCGAAGACGCACGGAAAAAAUGCAGACUCGAAAAAAUCGUAAGAAUGAUGAGGCCUCAUAUGAAAAGAUGAUCAGGUUGCAGAAAGAUCUAAAUAGAGCCCUGAUGAUUUUAGAACUAGUCAAACGCCGAGAAAAUUCAAAACGUGAAUUACUUCAUUUAUCAGUAGAGGUGUACGAAAAACGCUAUCAGCUCAACGACUUUAAUGGCCAAAUCUUAGCAGAAGUUUCCCACAAUAAAAACAACCUACGCAAUGUUUUUACUCCUAUCUAUACCAAUCACUUCCCUAAUCACUCUUCCAGUUGGGUACCGAAACCAACGCAAGAAAUGAAUUCCUGGACUAAAGAGAAACGACAGUAUAAAAAACGGAAACACAAAGCGCAAAGUUCCCUUUAUCCAGACACUGCUAAUGAUGAUGACAGAACAAGUCCUGUCCCUACAGAAAGAGCAGUGGAGGAUGAAGAAUCAAGCCAUGUCUUUCGGAGAAAUAGUCAAUGCUCCUAUCAAGCUCCUAUUCCUAAUUUUGGUAAUUGGCCAUGGUGUAGCUCCGAAGAAGGAGGUUAUGCUGAUAAGCGGUACAGGUACAGCCUCACCUCCAUCUCAAGACCACAUCCGCAGUGUAUUGGCUUUGCAAGGCGGAGAGUCGGCAGAGGUGGUCGUGUUAUAUUAGAUCGAGUUUGUGAAAGCCAAGAUGACUACUGGGCAGCUCAAGACUUCAAAAUACUUGAAAGGAUUCCUGCAGACCAAUUAGCAAGCCACUCACAACCAGAAGUGACCUGCUUCAGGCCGUUGACACCAGAGGAGCCGCUCCUAGAGGCUGACAGACUUACACCGCCCUCAUCUCCUGUGAUCUAUGAUGUAGAAAACUUGCUUAGUCCAACACAAAGUGUCGCAACUAUCGAAGUGAACUUUGCGAAUAGUUCGGCUUUUCAAAAUGAUACUACCUCUUGUCCUUCAUCGACUAUACUGAAAGAUAGAUUAUCAAUACCGAAAGAAAAUGGGAUUGAUUCAAAACGAAAUCUUAGCACUCUCUUCCAUAAUGAUGUCCUCAAAAGUAACUCCAAUAGUGGCUCAUUGCUAGAUAGAUGGGCUAAGUAUGAUUCAUCAGUAGUCAGCACAACAAAUGUGAAGAAGUGCAAAACAUUCAAUGUUUUAAAAAGUGGCGAUCCGAUCGGUUGUUCUGUCUUUGAAACGACACCAACAUCGUCAAGUGAACCGGUUCUUUUCAAUCUAGAAGUGAUCAAUUCUAAACUGAGUUCGCCUGUGCAAUUAAAUGUAUCGACUUGUGAUAAUAAUGGGAGCUGAACACUCUCAAAUUUCUGGGCUUCACCCAGAAAAUCUGUGUUUUCUUUUUUGAUGAGGUGGUCUAUGCUGGAAUGUAUGAAUAUGUGCGGGAUUUAUACUUUUCUAAGCAGCGUUGCAUUUCAAUUCAGCCAGGCAUUUGUACAAGUUUUCUGUCUUAAAUAAAUUGUUCUCUCAUAGUGCUAAUCAUUCUUACUUUAUGAGAUGGGAGUGUAAUAGAAAUUUAUGCAACAUCAGUCUUCCUCCUGCUCUCAACUAUGAAGUUACCAUCCGACAAACCUCCUGCCAGUAUCCAUCUUUGCAAUCAUCACACAUCAUUCUCAUCGCUUCGACUUUCUUACUGUAAGUUUCUCUGAUUUUUUCAUCCUGUUAUUAAUUCUCAGGAAAUUAUUUUUGGAGCUGACGUUAUUUCACAAAAUAAAUUUAUUUCCCCUCGUAUUAUUCUCCAAGAGUAAACGUUACAAAAUAUUUACUUAUCUACUAACAACAUCACAAGUAGUGAAAUCAUAUUUUUGAAUUCAGUUACUAAAUCAGCAGUGGUGAAACAAGAAAAAGGUUUUUCUCAAUUGGGAUGCUUAAACUUUCCGGGCAUGUUUUACUUGUUCCAAACCUAAUACCACCAGAUAUUUUCUAUCAAAUGCUAGAAGCAGAUUCUUUGAAACAUUAGGUAAAAUCACCUGAAAUUUUCUUCUUAUCAAUUAUUGGUCGCCGCUCAGAAAAUUGAAAUGCAAUCGGCCAUUAGCUCUUAUCAUAAACUGAGAUGAGGUCUUUCUAGUUUCACCACGGAUUUGCUCCCAGUAUUCAGAAGUACUCAUUCAGUAUUAUUUCAUUUCUCCAAAUUUUCUUUAUUUCCCUCACUUUCCCGCAUCCCACCAUGUGAAAUGUAAUUCUCAGUGAAUUACGAGUCCCUUUAGCUUGCUGCUCCUCCAACUUUUUUCCAAAAUGGUUUUCUUCUACUAGAAUUAAAAUAACGCUAUUCUAACUCCAUGAAUUUUCUGAGAAGAUAUGCCUACCUAGUUCUGACAGAUUUCUGUUACACUUUCACGCUCUGUAAUUUUUUAUUUCCCUAAAUGUAUCAGUGAUCAAGUGUGCUAAGGUUUACCUACACUGUUUUGAUUAAAAUUAAGAAAACUUGUGUUAGUAAUUGAUACGAAGUCAGGUGAAAAUUUUUUUUGGAAUGUUCAUAAUGUUUGGCCAGUUGAACUGCCUUCUUGUCAUCUUUCAAUUCUUUAAGUAUGGAAGCUUGUGUUGAAAGGUUAAAGUUUUGCAUUUUUCAAAUCUCAGUCAAAAAAUUGAGCAAACUGGCAGCUAUUGUCUGAUCCGUUCUCAUCAGUCUCUCCCCCCUCCCCCAAUACCUUCUACUAAUGGUAAUUACUAAUGUAAGACGUCUUAUUGUCGAUUAUGAGUGGAAGACAAGAAUUUGUUCUUUCUCAAUGACGUUCAUGACAGAUUUAGAUACCAUGAAUUAAGUUAUCGGUGAAUGACAGUGUCCAACCAUAUAACUUAAAAAUGUAUUAUCGUCGUUUCUCUGUUCGAUAUCAUUGUAAAUACCCUCAAGCGUUUCCAAUGAAUUUUCCUUAGUUGCUAACGUUGUGGUAACCAGCUAAUCGAAUUUCACGGUUAAAACUUAUGAGAGAAUCAAUGGAAAGUAAGAUUUGUUUCAAUCGGCUCAAGAGUAGCUAGCUCUCGAACCCUCUGAUACUAAAGGAUGUUUACAAGACUAUCAAGCGAUAAGAUCUUUACAUUUUUUUUACAGCUCACUCAGCUGAGAGUUUCUUUGAUUUUACUCUAUGAGUGUAAUCUGCUUACUUUAAUCUUAUUUUGUGGAGAAGCAUUUGACGCCCUUAAUCUAUGCUAAAAUGUAGUUUCCCUCCACUCUGGUAGAUAAUCAAGAAUGAUGAUAAUUCAGCAAGAAGCCAAAUCAUAAUUUUUCUAAUUUCCUUACUGAUCAAACUGUUCAUUGAAAUUUAUGCAGAAACUUAGGCAAGUCUAUUCUGCCGUUAAGAUUAAUAUUUUUUUCGUUCUUUUGUUCCUUUCCCUCGUAGGUUUGUUUAUCAAACCUAACCUCAAAACCAAAUGUCAAAUACAAUUUAUCCUAGGUCAAUAACUAAGCAAGAAGUCUCUAUGACCGUACUUCAGAUUACAAUUUUAAUCUUCCUUUAACAAUUGCCCUCUGAAAUCGUUUGCCCUGAUUCUAUGCAUCCCCUUAACAUUUUGGGCCUGUAGUAUGAUUUAUCAUAAAAUGGCUUCAGGCAAAUCCUACGGAACUUUUAGUUUCCUACCGCUGCGUUCUUAAUUUACUUUUGUCAACACUAUUGUAUCAUGGAUUUUUUCCUAAAAUUUCAACCGAUAAUGUUUCAUUCUUUGCUUUACUAGUUUUUUACUGUAGCUUCUAACUUGCUCAAAUUUCCCUCUGAAUAAAAUAGAAUUUAAGGCGCCGAAUGCAUAUAUUAAUUUUAAAAUGAAACUCGUGUCUCUAAUUGCUCUACAUAUGUAAUAUUAAUACUUUAGUUUCAUUUGAAACAAAUACAAUUCUUGUUAUUUUUUCUUCUUUUUUAUUGCAGUAAUCAAUAAAAUACGGGAGGAUCGGAGAAAAUGUUAGCGAUGUAGUAGGUGCCUACAUAUGUAUUGAUGAAGAGUAUAUUUGAGAUGUUAAUGUGAUUGAAGAAGAGUUUAGAACACCAAAAUUUUGUGGAAGAUUGAUGAUCUAGAUUUAUGUCAUCGUUCUUUUUCCCAUUGAAAUUCAAUCUAGCGUCACCCGCACAUCUGUGCAUUACCUUGUUGCAUGUGAGGUCCCUUUUAAUUCCUCUCCGGCUAAAAUUCCCUUAAGGUAACUGAAGCUGGACUUUUAUAGGUACUAAGUAGGUAAAAUGAAUCACCAUGUUCUUAUACCAUUCUUUAUUUUAAAACCAUUCUCUCAUUGCCACUUUGUGAAAACAGCAAACCUGUACUCAUUAACUUAAACUUUUGUACCUAAGUCUCUUUGUAUUUUAUUAUAUUUGUACAGUGUCAUGUAUAUUUAAUACCAAUGAACAUUAAGUAAGCUCUCACUUUAUCCAAAAACUUGUAAAUAUGCUUGUAUUAUUUGUGAAAAAUUCUCCUUAACAAUGUUGAACAUUUUGUAAAUAAAAAUUGUAAAUAUUGUUUUUUCCCUUAAAAUUUGAUGUCUGUGAGUAUGGAGGUGUAAGAUAAUUUAGAGACGGGGACAAGUUAAUUCUCAUUCGUCAUCAUGUUGCUCUAUGUUUCUCUAGUUGUACCAUGUGACCAUGUGGAAAAUUCUGGUUACUUCACAAAAAUUAUUAGAAAAGUAAAAUGGGAAUUUACUGUAGCAGAGCGUUUUAUGUUUAAUCAAAACAUAUACUUAAUGAUCAAUUAAAACUGUUUAGUUUUUUGUAAGUUAACAGUUAGUCGAUGUUAAUAAAAAAUUGUGAAUGGUAGAUGUAAGUAUUGGUUACUAAAAGGAAAAAAAAUAACAAAAAAAUUAUUAUUAUUUUUUUUUAAUGCAAAUUGUUCUUCAAUUAAAAUUAAUGCUCAGCAAUGGUGUUUCUCCUAAUAUAUGUAUCUAUAUCUGUCUAGAAGCUCUGCUCUUAGGAGGACCUAAUUUUUAAGCCAAUAGUAGAUUUUUCUGAAAAUUUUAAUCUCCUAUGAUAAAUAUGCGAGAUAGGUGAAGUGAUCAAGUUUUCAUUUUUUAAGAAGUCACAUUAACUGCUUUUCUCCUCUUACAAUUAUAAGUCGAGGAGGAAUUGAGUCGGGUAAUUUUUUUUCCCUUUUUUAUCACCAUUAUUUUUCUCUUUUUUUGAUAAAAGAAAAAGAAUAACACUAGUCAUGAGAUUUUCAUAUUGAAAAUGCAUGACAGUCACAAGUAUUUUUUCUCCAUGUACGCUAAGUGCAAAACAGCAAGUUCCACUUUUCUUUUUUCCCUGACUCUAAUCGCAUUCUAAAAUUCAAUAGGAGAUGGAGAUAAAUUGAUUAUGUAAUUUUCAAGAUUCCAUAUUUCUUGCAAACUUUUCAACCUGUUCUUUUCAUUUUUGGAACUUGGUCAAAUUAGUAACCGAGCCCCACAAUUACUCUCUAAGUCUCUACUGUCAUCUCUAAUUUCUAAUACCAAGGUUCAGCAUCAUGGAGGAAAAUGAAGCAAAUAUAAGUAAAAGGAAACGAUUCUAAAUGAAUGCUCGGAAAUUUUACUUCGACCAAUGAUUCGUACAACUUAAACAAAUUUAUCAAAAUACUUAAGCCGUUAAUCAAAUGAUGAUUGCUCUCCAUUAAAAAUUUUCUGUUCUAUUUCAUCAGCAAAGUUGGUACCUAGGUAUAAAAUGGCUUUAAAAAUGUUUAAUUUAAUUUCAGAAAAAGAAAGAAUUUCUGAAGGCCCUCAGCACAACGUGGAAUCAAGUCUUUUUAAAUUCACGAGCGUUUACUUUUAGGUCAAAGAAUUCCAAGCAGCCACAUCUCAGUCAGAGACUAAAGUGACAGUUUAAGAACUUGCUGUUUUGUCAAUGCGAUUCUGUUUUUGUUUUUUCUUUGUUUUUCUUUGUGAUAUGGGGGACAGGGGAUGAAAUUAUGAUUUCGGAAACCAUGAAAGUUUUAGCAAAUUGUAUUUGUAUGUAUUGUGUAUGAUUUUGUAAUUAAAUGAUAAUCAAUUUUUUGA